UAUUUCAUAUUUAUUCUCUCUCCUUUCCUGGAGAAGACGAUUCUUUAUUAUUUCUUUCGUUGUUUUUCAAUAAAAAAUUAUUAACCAAAUUAUUCUCUAUAGUUUCCCAUGAUUUAAAAAAAAAAAAAGAAAAAUACAAAGUUAAAAAAAAAAAAUGUCCAAUUAAUAUCGAGUAUUCGAGUGUAAUCGGAUUAAAGAGAACGAAAGGAACCCCAACAACGUUGUGCAAGCAUAUAAGUGUUGGAGUUGAAGAAGAAGGAAAUUUCGUCGACAUACAAUACAUAUAUAUUUUCCGUUCCCACACAUCCUCGCCCCUCGGAAUUCCUCGAGGUUCAACAUGAUGGCCGUAAUUAGUUUUCAAUCAUUUUAAAAACCAUCUCUGAAAGUGGAUCAAAAAAAAAACUUAAUGUCAACAAAGAACUGCAUCAUAUGCUUCAUCGCUGCUCUACAUCAAUUCAAAAAUAAAUAAUUAAUCAUUAUUUUUUUGAACAAAAGUCAGUCUCACGCUACUAACCAAAAAAAAAAAAAUUAAAAAACGAACCUGCGAUCAAUAAAAUAAAUGUGCCAUCAACACUAUCAUCCCGAAGCAAAGAAAAAAAUCAUAGAACAAAACAAGUCAAAUAUCAAAUAAUGUAAAAGAAAGAAGAGUAAAUUAAUAAAUAAAAAAAAAACUGUAUGAUAAGUAAGGAUAGCUGUUAAAGUAUAUAAAUUAUAAAAAAAAAUCCCUCCAGUAGCAUUUCGUUACAAUUGCAUUCUGCUCUACACUAAGCUUAAAGUUGGAAAAAUAUCCCUCUAAGCAAAAAAGUUUCAUCUCAACUAUGAAUUAAAAAAAAGUCCGCUUAGAGUUUCUCUGUUCAUAGCGGCUGUGUGGUUACACAAUAAGAAAGUUACUACUUAUUCGGAGCUGUUCAAAUUUCUGGCAUAUUACUGAGACGAAUAUAGGAACGUUGAAAAACAAGGCGAUUAAAUUUCCAACACCUAACUGACAAUUUUAAGGCAAAAGGAAAAUGUCAUCGGGCACAUUUGUUGAUCGAAUUGACCCGUUCGCCAAACGUUCAUUGAAAAAGAAGAGCAAAAAGAGUCAAGGUUCCUCUCGGUAUAGAAACUCACAGGAUGUGGAACUGCAGCAGCUGCCACCCUUGAAAGCUGAUUGCUCUAGUUUAGAACAAGAAGAAUUAUUUAUUCGAAAAUUACGUCAGUGCUGUGUUUCUUUUGACUUUAUGGAUCCAGUUUCGGAUUUGAAGGGUAAAGAAAUUAAGCGGGCUGCUCUCAACGACCUAUCCACCUACAUAACACAUGGCAGAGGAGUUCUCACGGAACCGGUAUAUCCGGAAAUUAUCAGAAUGAUUUCGUGUAAUUUAUUUCGCACGCUUCCUCCAAGUGAAAAUCCAGACUUCGAUCCAGAAGAAGAUGAUCCAACACUGGAAGCAUCAUGGCCACAUCUUCAAUUGGUUUAUGAGGUGUUCUUGCGAUUUUUAGAAUCGCAAGACUUUCAAGCAACCAUCGGCAAACGGGUUAUCGACCAAAAAUUUGUUUUACAGUUAUUAGAGCUUUUCGAUUCAGAAGACCCAAGGGAGCGGGACUUUUUGAAAACUGUUUUGCAUCGUAUUUAUGGAAAAUUUCUAGGACUACGCGCUUUUAUCCGAAAACAAAUAAAUAAUAUAUUCUUACGCUUCAUAUACGAAACUGAACAUUUCAAUGGUGUUGGUGAACUUCUCGAAAUUCUCGGCAGCAUAAUUAAUGGCUUUGCAUUGCCACUUAAGGCUGAGCAUAAACAGUUUUUGGUUAAAGUUCUGUUGCCAUUGCACAAAGUGAAAUGCUUGUCACUCUAUCAUGCGCAACUAGCUUAUUGCAUUGUGCAAUUUCUCGAAAAAGAUGCAUUUCUCACAGAGCCAGUCGUAAGGGGACUCUUGAAAUUCUGGCCAAAAACUUGUUCACAAAAAGAAGUCAUGUUCUUGGGCGAAAUUGAAGAAAUCCUCGAUGUUAUUGAUCCACCACAAUUUGUGAAAAUACAGGAACCACUAUUUCGACAAAUAGCCAAAUGCGUAUCCAGUCCUCAUUUUCAGGUCGCUGAGCGAGCCUUAUAUUUAUGGAAUAAUGAAUACGCUAUGUCCUUAAUAGAAGAAAAUAAUGCUGUUAUAAUGCCAAUAAUGUUCCCAGCCCUUUAUCGGAUUAGCAAAGAACACUGGAAUCAAACAAUUGUUGCGCUAGUUUAUAAUGUUCUGAAAACUUUUAUGGAAAUGAAUUCCAAAUUAUUUGAUGAAUUGACAGCUAGUUAUAAAGCCGAACGACAAAAAGAGAAAAAACGAGAACGAGAUCGCGAAGAAUUGUGGAAAAAACUACAUGAACUGGAAAUAAGUCGAUCUAAAAAUAAUCCAAUAAACAGUGCAGGCGGAACAUUAAAUACAUCAUCAUCUGCGGGCAUUGGUGGUGGUGGGGCAGCGCAACAGCUAAACUCAAAUUCCCAGCAUCAGUCACAGAACAAUCAACUUCAUCAAUCGAACAAUACCGCUAAUCUGCUUCAGCAGCAGCAAUCGCCUGGCCUAAAUGCUGCUGGCAGUGCCGCCUCUGGCGCGAAUGUGUCAGCCGGUACCACCGGCUCAGCAUACACAAAUUCUGCUAUGACUGCAGGCUCAGGAGCUGGCGUUGCGAUUUCCGUGAGCAAGUGAUGUACUACAGAUUAAUAAUAUUAUUUUUAUUAAUGCAAAAAAAAAAAAAAUAAAACAGAAAAGCGAAAAUAAACAAAAAAAUAAAAAAAUUAAAAAAAAAAAAAUACAAUACAUACAACUAAAACUGCAAGUGAAUUAAAAAAAAAAAUAAGUAAAAACGCUCGGAAAAUUUAACAAAAAAUAUAAUUUACUGAUUACUACCGUAAAGAAUAAAAUUAUAUAAAAAAAAGUCAAAUAAAAAAAUAAUAUUAAAAAAAAGAAAUCACUAACAGCUGAACUUAGGUCAAGCAAUUAUAAAUAGUAGACUAAAACAAAGCAAAAAAAAAAAAGUUCUUUUAAUGUAGAAGUUAAAAAUAAAAACAACAACAAAAAAAAA